UUCAUAAUCAGAUAUGAAUAUAACAUGCAUGGAGAGGAAGAACAUGGACCUAAUCACUAGGAAUGCUUGUAGCUCAAAUCUAAGGCCUGUUAAGGUCUUCCUUUUAGGAAAGGAGCAUGCGCAUCAUAUCAUGUGAUAUGAUGCCAUCCUUCCCAGAAGGGGGAAGGAGGCUUUCGUUACCGAUAUGAUCUUAAAGCAUCAUAAAAUAAAAGAAGGGGUCAUCAACAGUAAGAAAUAUCACAAAAUCUUGCUUGAUAAAGAUAAUAAUUUUGUGCGGUCUGAAAGACCGCACAAAUAAGGAACUUGAAAUCCCUAAAGGGUUUGAAAAACCAGAAAAUAGCUUUUUCGAAAAUAGUUUUCAAGAUAAAGUGGAUAAGAUGAAUACAACCAGGAAAAUAAGCAUGUUAUCUAAGAUGUUUGAGCAUCCAGAUUUAGAGGAACCAGGGGAGAGUGAGCAUUCAGAUAUAAUGAAGGAGAAGCUACAUGACUUCUACAUUCACCCAUUGGUGUACCCAUCGCUUGAUUCCUUACUUGAGGACCUAAGCCUUAAGACAUUCGAAAAAUUUGAUGCAUGAAUGGUGUUUAAUCAUAAAUACGAGUUGAUUAGGAAUGUAGAUCAAGCAAGGAAGCAUAUCUUCAUCGUAGACAAGCAGUUCCUCUCACAUGUUACUUCCAAAUACUGUAAGGACUCCACCUCAGAUGAGGUGGAAGAAGUUGCCAAGCAAGCUGAGAAAAUCUAUGAUUUAGUCAUGCGCAAACGCAAAAUGGUUAUUCCCUUUGCAGAAGAAUUUGAGUUCAACAGGCCAAAGAAAGUUGAAAUGAAGAAUUUACCCUAUGAAGAAGGCAUCUAUGACAUUAAUGAGGGAGAUAAGAGUGCUUACGAGAAGACACAGAAGAAGAUAUACAAGGCUGAUCCAUGACUUUACAGCAAGAUUUGGAAAUUCAAGCGAGGAGUAGCUCAUACCUCCUCAGAAGUAAGCCCAGGAGUCUCCCCUGGAAAAACAGAGUAUGGUAGGAUGGCCAGAGCUAGCAGCAGCCUUCCCCGAUUAGACGAUGAAACAGAGAAAGCUAUGAUCAGCUCAAAGCUUCUCUUUAAGGAUAAGAAUAACAAGAUGGUGAAUAAACUUCCAAAAACCUCUGCUAUGCAGAGUCCCGAAGGAUCAAAGCUUUCAAUUCUUAAUAAAAUCGAGUUUCUUGGGUCCUGUGAGAUCAACAAAGUUUCUGCCCAGAGCCAGAAUCUUUUUGUUACACCAACAGCGAAGUUAGCAAAGUUAAAGAACGGCUCAAUGGACUACCAAGCUAUGAAAAGCAACUACAACAAAUAUAUCGAUCCUAAAUCUGUGCGGAAUCAAAGUAUUGAAGCUAGAAUGGCUUUUAAAGACCACCGGCUGGGAGGACUCCGGAAGGAACCACAGACUACUUCAAAGGAUCAUCAUGCGAAAAAAUCCAGAAGAGUUGACACAAAGGACUCACAAGUGCUAAGUAGCUUGCAAAAGUCUUACAAGAUAGCUAAAGAAUUAAUGAAGAGACCCAAGAGGACACCGAAACGCUUACCUGCAGCUAACACUUUAAAGGAAAUAAAACUACCUGUCCAAGUGAGUCCAUCGGCGCAGGCUUCGCUUAAUGACUUGAAAAUCCGGACUCCCAACUAUGAGUCCUUGUUGAUGCUAAAAACAGGAGAUUUCCUACAGUCAUUCAUGAGGAAGGAAAAAUCUCUGAGAGCUAAUAAGACCAAUGUCUCUCUGAAGAAAUCAGGGAAAGGUCUCAUUCCUCUCGAGACAGUUAUACAAAGAAAUGAGAUAAAGAACUCAAUUGACAGAAAUUAUCUUGAUUAUGGCGUCAUGGGAGAUAGAGGUUUUAGAUCCCAGCAAGAGAAAGAUUGGAAGGAAAAGACGAUGAAAAAUUUGCAUAAGAAGAUGCAGAUAUCUUCAAAAUCACCAAAAACUCUUGUUCAUACCUCAGGAGGCCCUCCUGAUACUCAUCCAAAGCCUCUUCGAUGAAUGAAGGGUGUAAAGAUGAAAUAUAGGAAGCGUGUUAGUGACCAGAAGCGUCAAAAGGAUCUCAAGUUGGUUUACUCAAGUAGUCUCAAUAAAUUAUAAAUCAACCAAACCGA